ACCUACUUCCACCAAAGAGAGAAACUGUGAUUAACUGUGAUUGUGGUCAGCGACUUGAGAUUUAACCUCCCCUGCUUCACUUAUUGUGAAAAUGGUCUGCCGCAAUUGUGUGGUUUUAACUUUGCUUUUUAUCAUUAAUGUAAAUGUGGUCUUUAGCCAGACCACUGUUCCCGCAGCAAGGUCUGACUGCUCGCAUAACUUCACCAGCCUGUCGGGCGUGAUUGAGUCACCUGGCUUCCCGGACAAGUACCCGCACAACCUGGAGUGCAACUUCAUCAUCACCGUGCCGUCGCACAUGGACGUCACACUGAUCUUCCUGACCUUUGACCUGCAGGGGGCAGAGGGCGAGUGCAAGUACGACUGGCUGGACAUAUACGACGGCCUGCCACAAGUGGGCCCGCUGAUUGGUCGUCACUGUGGCACCAAGAUCCCCUCCGUUCCCCUCAAGAUCCAGUCGUCCACGGGCAUCUUGUCUCUGUCCUUCCGCACGGACGGGGCUGUGGCCAAAGAUGGCUUCUCCGUCCGCUACAACAUGACUGACAAAGAAUUCAAAAAGCACUUCCAUUGUAGUUAUGUUCUUGGCAUGGAGUCCGGUCUUAUCUCUGAUGACCAGAUAAUGGCCUCGUCCGUCUUCGCUGAUGGCCACUGGAACGCCCAACAGGCCCGUCUCUACAACGAAGACCAUGCUUGGAUGCCCAGCACCGACAGCCAGAAGGAAUACAUCCAGGUGGACCUGCAGUUUGUGAAGCUGCUGGCGGGCAUUGCCACCCAGGGGGAGGUGUCCAAGCAGACCCAGAAGCAGUACUACGUCACCAUGUUCAAGCUGGAGCUCAGCACCAACGGAGAGGACUGGAUGGUCUACCGCAAAAGCAACGGCAAGAGCCACAUGUUCGAUGCCAACUACAACCCCACAGAGCCAGUUCUGAGUCGCAUUCCUCAGCCGGUUCUUGCACGGUUUGUCCGGAUCCGACCAUGGACCUGGAAGAAUGGCAUUGCCCUGCGCUUUGAGUUGUAUGGAUGCCAGAUCACAGACCAGUCGUGUUCGGAGAUGCAGGGCAUGCUCUCGGGGCUGCUGCCCGACUCCCAGAUCUCGGCCUCCUCCAGGCGUGACCUCCACGCCCCCAUGGGCGUAGCCCGACUGGUGGCCAGUCGCUCAGGCUGGUUCCCCAGCCCUGCCCAGCCCGUGGCAGGUGAGGAGUGGCUCCAGGUGGACCUGGGUGCUGCCAAGGCCGUGCGGGGCAUCAUCACGCAGGGCGCACGUGGCAUGGGGGGUGGGUCCAGCAAAGACAGCCACGCCUACGUCCAGAGGUACCGCCUGGCGCACAGUCUCACGGGCCGCGACUGGACCUUCAUCAUGGACACCAAGACCAACCUGCCAAAGAUCUUCGAGGGGAACACAAACUUCGACACUCCCGAGAUCCGGCGCUUCACUGAGACGGUGGCCCAGUUCGUCCGCCUCUACCCCGAGCACUGGUCCCCCGCUGGCAUUGGCAUGAGGAUGGAGGUGCUGGGCUGUGACCUGCCAGAAAAAAGCCAGGAGAAAAAAGGCAGAUAUGACCUGCGAAAAACAAUCAAAGCAGCAAAACGGGACUAUAGGCAUAAAAUUGAAGAACAACUGGAAGGCAAAGAUUCAGGAAGCAUGUAGUCUACACAUGAUCUCAGAUCUUAAAGAACAGAAAAGCAAGAUCCAAGUCUCUCAUCCUUCAAGGUGAGCUAAAUCACUUUAUCAUUGUUCCAGCGCUGAAGAAAAGCAAAAUUACCACCUCUGCACUACACUACUUUUAUUUUUUUUCUUUCCACACACACCACACAACAUACUAUUUAUUUAUUAUUUAUUUUUUGAGGAGCAACAAAACCCAAGAAUUUUACUGUCUUAUACAUGUAUAAUGAGACGUAAUAAAGACAAUCUUGAAUUGAAUCUUGAACAGGAAAUGUACUCAUCAUGUGUCUUUUUGCAGGUGAAGCUGCAUAAUAUAACCUUUGGUCAACAACCUCCUGAAAGGUCAUGCCAAGAGUAGAAGACAUGCUGUUGGCCUACUAAUACCUGAGGCUCAUUGAUUAAGUGCAUGCUAAGAUGACUUAUUUGUCUGCCUGAACAACACUCAAAGUUGUUGAGAAGGUAUUUUGUAUAAAGUAUGUUAAUGAAAUGGAACAGUGUGUCCUGGAGACAGCCAUGGCUAUGCAGGGUUUCACCACUAUCAUUAAACCCCAUUAACCUUUAACAAUUUA